AUGGACCCUCUGUCAUUGGCAGUCAGCGUAGUACCGGUGGCCGAACAGCUCGUCAAGACCAUUAAAACCAUCAAAAAGUUGAUCUCAACGUACAAGAGUGCUGCAAAGGAGCUCGAGACACUGACAAGCAGGCUCGGUCAUGUGGAAGUCAUCUGUGAAUCCAUCGGGACUGUACUGGAAACCGCUUGCCUAUCGAAAAACCUCAGUGAAGCACGUCUUCCUACUUCCCUGUAUCAAAUGAUUCAUGAAUGCUACGAAAAGGUUACAGUUAUUCAUGAUGUUAUCCUAAACGUCACUGAAAAGCGCGACAGAGGUUGUCGUCGAUUCAGCAACGAAGGCCUUUUGUUCAUGCAGCAUAAAGACAAGAUAAUUGCCGGUACAAAGAGCCUGGACAAAUCCCUUGAAUACCUCCAUCUACUACUGACAACAAGUAUAUUCACUAUGAGCAUAUCUUGCCCGCCCGUGAGAGAAGUCACCAUGUCGAAUGAAAUAAGUCCGCCAAAGCAGUCAUCUGCAUCAAUCGCGCCCUCUCAGACGAUUGAUUCGAAUUACAUCGACACUGGCCCCAUUUCUACCGACACGACCACGCAACCGAAGCAAGUCGAAACCAUCAACGAAGGCUGGCGAAGAUCUUUCCUACAGCUUGCGUUUCUACAGAAAUCCUGCAAACGAAGUAUAAUAACUGAGACUGGCGGCUCAGGCCCGUCAAUAACUGAUGUCGACUCAGUCCUGACAGUGGGAUCGACAUGGCUAAACCGGUAUAUCAAGCUGUCGCUUCGAAAAGACCACCUUACGCCUUUGUGCGUCACUUUGACAUUACCAUUGGUCAUCCCCGUACACUAUUGGGCAGAUAGCCUUGGUGCCAGGGUUCGCAACGCUUUUGACGACGAUAAUGUGGAAGCGGUCCAGCAGUUAUUCAAUGAACGCGCCAUUACUCCCACAACCUUGGUAACCUGGGACAAGUAUGAUCCAGACCACGAGUGUAAUAUGUUGGGUUUGGCAGCAAUAAAAAGAGCACCACGACUCCUGGAUUUCAUAAGAUCCCAGAUGACUAGGCUGGAAGAGACAGCGCACUUUGGUGGUGGUGAUUGGAGAUGGCAUACGGUCUGGACUCAGGGCCAGCUUCAAAGUGCCAUCAAUUACAUCAAUAUUCGCAAGAACGCCAUAAGUCCAGAUGAAUUAUACAUGUUACUGCUGGGAGUAUGGGACUUUCGUCAACUCAAAGCCUGCAUGGAUGCGUAUCUAAGUUGGCGACCAGUCAUUUCACCUGCGCUGAACUAUACGAUACUAGAACGGCUGCUCACUGUUUCCCCGAGGGUCGAUUUUGCCGACGAUCUCAAAGUGAAAGGCUGCGCAGCACUGAUCUCCGAUCUCAUCACAGGAGGCCUGGACAUAUUCAACGACGAUAACUUGUCACAGAGCUCUUUAAAACUACUUAUAGACUAUACGAAGAGCCCUGACGAAGCUGUUGAGGAUAUACAUCGCUGGAUCGACAUACUGGAACUAGCCGGCGUCGAUACAGAACAGUAUAUCCGCUUCGAAACACCGCGUUGUGUUGCUGCAUGGAAUAAACCAUCAGCUUAUUGGCAUACAUCAUUCCGUGGCCCGAACUCAUACAUCAACCGAACUUUGCACGUGGGCUACUCCAGAGUAUUAAGGGUUGAAAGCCAGCCAGAUGACCCUAUACUAGCGGCCGAUAUUACCGAAGAGUACAGAAUUGCACUUGAGUGGACGGAGCGUGCAUACAAUCUUAUGGAAAGUCGUUUUGAGCGGAAGCAGAUGUGGAAGAUGCAGAAACGAGAGAAAAAGGGAAAAACAUUCACCAAGAUCACAUUGCCGGGAGCUUGGGUAGACUAA